ACUUGAGAGAUCGCUUUCAAUAAAACGCAAAAAGUGAAAAUGUUUAAACGCACUUCCUAUCUUGUAAUCGUCUUACUUUUGCUAAUACAGCUCAUUUCAUGCUUACCGAGACCAUCUUCCUCCGAUUCAGUGGAUUCCAUUUUACCUGGAAUAACAACGAUAACUCCAUCAGUAGGCAAAAAUGCUGUGCCAGGCGGUCUCAACAGCUUUGAUGAGGCGCUCCGCAAGGACUUAAUAAAUAUUACAAACUUUGAGCUACAACGAACCAAUCAAAUAGCAAAAGAUGCGCUCGCUGAUCCUUCUAUGUAUAGUAUUGAUAGUGAAGCCAUGCAGAAGGAAUUAAGUCUACUUAGAAAGUAUGUGACAGACUCUAACGAAGCAUUAAAUAAGGUUCUGCCUGCCGACCAGCUUGGUACGAAUACGUUUUUCUUGUUUAUAAACGAUACAGGAAACAUCAUUGAUCGUUUCCACAGAUAUCGUCAUUUUGAGUACGUACCAAUUACACCGGAAAAGCAGGUAAUAUGGGAUGCUUUAAAAAAACAUGGCUUUUUGAAAGGCGAUGAAGAGCUGGAUAAACGUUUAAACGAAUACGUACGCGACCUGGUAGACGAAUUCGAAAAAUAUGUGAAAACACUCUCAGCUGCCGAAAAGGAGAAGGAUAAAGAUAUGAAAGAGAUGAUGGCGGCAUGGAGUGCAUACAAAAAUAAUGAGCUUAGUAAGGCUAAUUUUGGGAAGAGAUUGUUUCAAAUAAAUUUUGUGAAUAAAAUAUUUGAGCGGCUUAGAAGACCGUAGAAAUAUUGUUUUUCGAAACUAGCAUUAUUCAAUAUCUGUUCUAACUAAAAAAAUGUAUUGAUUAAAUAUAAUAAAUGUGCAUAUGUAUAUUUAAAGUUAGCCUAUAACUUGUUGACCUCAGUAAAUUUCAGAGCGAAGUCUUGCUUUGUAUUUGAAAUAAUAAUUAAAUGACAACCUUUCUGUUACGAAACAAAAAAUGAAAAAAUCCUUAUCUAACGAGUAGUAUGACGAUGUAACGUUUAAAGUAUUGUCAUUACAUUUAAUUUAGUUAUUGUUGAUUAGCUGAAUUCGCACAACUUAAACUGUAGUAUCUGUGUUUGCCCAGUGUCGUCUCCAAAAAUUUUACACCAAGGGGUGAUCAGUCAUUUGCUGUUAAAAAUAAAUGAAUAAUUUAGAAAAAUCGAGAUUGUAAUAAAAAGUACUGUGAAGUUGAUUCUUUGAA